GAGAAGAGUGAUCUUCACCAGCCCAGUGGUCAUCCAGGAUGUGAACUCCGCUGUUUUUAUCUAGAUGGAUGAAAAGGUUGACAAUCCAGAAGGGCAUCUCUUUUGGUUUUCAAGAUGGCAGCAGUCAGUGGCGAAAACCAGCUGCAGCGGAUUAUCAGGGACUUGCAAGAUGCUGUGACUGAAUUAAGUAAAGAAUUCAAAGAAGGAGGAGAACCGAUCACAGAUGACAGUGUCAACUUGCAAAAAUUUUCCUACAAGCUUGAGUACCUUCUGCAGUUUGACCAGAAGGAAAAAAGCACAUUGCUGGGGAACAGAAAAGACUACUGGGAUUAUUUCUGCGACUGCCUGGCAAAAGUCAAAGGAGCUAACGAUGGAAUCCGCUUUGUCAAGUCCAUUACAGAAUUACGAACAUCUCUUGGAAAAGGCAGAGCAUUUCUUCGUUACUCUCUGGUUCAUCAAAGGCUGGCAGACACCUUGCAGCAGUGUUUUAUGAACACCAAGGUGACCAGUGACUGGUACUAUGCAAGAAGUCCAUUUCUGAAUCCCAAAAUGAGUUCUGACAUUGUGGGUCAGCUCUAUGAGCUCACUGAUGUUCAGUUUGACUUGGCAGCAAGAGGCUAUGAUUUAGAUGCUGCUUGGCCAGCAUUUGCCAGGAGGACACUGUCUUCACUUGGAUCUUCAGCAUAUUUAUGGAAGCCCCCCAGUCGUAGUUCCAGCAUGAGCAGUUUAGUCAGCAGUUAUUUGCAGGCCCAAGAGUUUCCCUCCAGCCCCGACGCAAACAGCACACUAAAUGUUGAACACCUUGAGGGCUUUGAAGAGAUGCGUGUAGAGCUGGACCAGGCUGAGCUGAGGCAGAGGGAACUGCAAGAUCGUAUUCACCAGCUAGAAAUGGAAAACCAGGAGCUGCAGGCAGCUGUCAGCCUUCAGAAAGAACAAGUACAGGUAGAAAAGGAGAAGGGCAAUAACUACAGUGAGGAGAACUCCCGGCUGACAAAGAUGAUCACAGACUUACAGAAGCAGUGUGAGGUCUCACUCUCAACUCAGAGCACUGUUCAUGACCUACAGAAGUGCCUGCAGUCACUGGAACUGAAUGCAGUGGAGCAGCAGAAGGAAUAUUCAACAAAACUGGAGCAGCUGGUGACCAGCAAGGAAGACUGUGCUUCAAAACUGCAGAUGUUGAAUCAGGAGCUGGAGGCCUCCAGGGCUUUGAUUGCUGUGAAGGAUCUUUGCAUUGAUGAGCUCAAAGCCAAGCUCAGUUCCACAGAAAAGAAGAACCUCAACCUCCUUGCUAAAGUUGAUGCUGCCUUAGAGGAAAAGGGACAACAAGCCACAGCCCACUGUGACUCUGCCCUGCAGAUACAAGCACUGGUAGAGAAGCUUCAGGAGGCAGAAAGGGAGAAGGCAGAUAUGCAGAGACUGAGUGAUGAAUGUGCAGCUCAGCUGAGAGCAGCAAGGGAGGAGCUGCAGCUGAAAGAAGAGACACAGAAGGAACUGGAAUCCAGAUUCCAUCGCCUCACUGCUGACUCCAAAGAGGAAAGUGAAAAGCUGCUUGGGAGCCUGGAAACGAGGGCAAAGGAAAUGGAUGCGCUGCAGAAGGCCCUAACCCUGAAAGGGAAGGAGAUGGCUGAGCUCCAGACCCAGGUAAUGGGGUUGCUGGCUCAGGUGGGGUCACUGGAAAAAAGUCUUGAGGAAGCAAGGAAGGAAAAAGAGAAACUUGAGGAGGAGUAUGAUAGGAGGGAAGGAGCACUGAAGCAGGAAGCCCAAUCGCAAGCAAAGCAACUUGAAGUCCAGGAGAGUCGCUUAGCAAAGGUGAGUCAGGCUGUGCGCAGUCUGGAGGAGCAGAGCCGCAAGCUCUUGUCUGAGAAAGAGCAACUCAGCCAGAAGGUCAAGGAGCUGGAGGAGCAGGUGGAGCAGCAAAACUCUGCAGUGAGCCAAAUGGAUGAGGAGAGCAGGCAGCUGAAAGUGGAGAAGGUGAAUUUGCAGCAGUCCAAGGAGAAGAUAGAAGGGAGGCUGAAAAUUUUGGAAGCUUCUAAAGCUUCCCUGGAAGCUGAGGUAGCCAGGCUGAGAGCCUCUGAGAAACAGCUUCGGAGUGAGAUAGAUGAUGCCCUGGUGUCAGUUGAUGAAAAAGAGAAGAAGCUGCGGGAUGAGAACAAACAACUGGAUGAAGACUUGCAGAAUGCCAGGAGGCAAAGCCAAGUUCUGGAGGAGAGACUAGAGGCUCUGUGCUCAGACUAUGAAGAACUAAAGCAAAGAGAAGAGACCACCAAGGGGUCUUAUGCUGCACUUGAAGGGCAGCUGAAGAGCACUAAACAGCGGAACUUAGAGGUGGAGAAAAGCUUGGGCACCUUGAAGGAAAGCCAAGAGUGUCUCCAGUCACAGCUCACAGAGAAGGAAGUAGAGCUGCAAGGCCUGGAGAGCCAGUGUGAGCAGCUAAGAACAGAAGCUGAAAGACAUAGGAAGAAAGCAGAAAAUCUUGAGGCAGGAAAGCUCAGUGUGGAAAAGACAUGCCUUCAGCAGGCAGAGCUCAUCCAGGCCCUCACAGCAGAGAAGGAAUCGCUGGGAAAACAGCAGCUGCAGCAGGCGGCUUCUUUGGAGACAGAGGCAAAAGAGCUGACCUGCAGGCUGACUGUCAGCCAAGAGCAGCUGGAGGUCAGCCGUGGGGAAGUGUCCAGGCUGCAAGCAGAGGUCCUUGACCUGCGAGUCAAGCUUCAGCAGGCCACUGAUGAGCGGGAGCGGGUCGGAGGUAAGCUCAUUGUCACAGAGACUGUCCUGGGCCAGCAGAAGGCACUUGUCCAGCAGCUGAAAGAGCAGAAUGAGUCACUCAACAGAAACCACAUACAAGAACUGGUGCAGUGCAAAGAGAGAGAAGAAGUGCUGAAGAAAGAGCAGGAGGCAGCAGCCCAUCAAAAAGCUGAGCUGGAAAGCAAUUUCCUGAAGCUGAAGGAAGAGCUGUCCAAGGUUAAGCAGUACUUGCAAGUUGCUAGAAUGGAAAAUGAGGAAAACGAAGAUCUCCUCCACAGGACCAACACUGAUAUGGCUGAACUUGGUAUUCAGAUUUGUGCCUUGACCUCUGAAAAGGUGAAUGCAGAAGAGCAGUUAGCCCAGGCCACAGAAAGGCUAAAAGAACUGCAAGAGCAGGCAGCAGAACAACAGGAGAAGCUGAAGCUUGACAUCUCUAAUCUCAGAGAGGAGAGCAAGAUCCUGCAAGAGAAAUUAGAGGAGGCUCAAAAAAGUGCCUCAGCUGUGCCAAAUCUGCAAUUGCAGCUGGAGACAGUAAAGAAGGAGGCACAGAGUUUCCAAGAGACGAGCCAAGAGGAGCUGUCUGCAAUAAAAUUUCAAAUGAGCACAGAGAUUCUAAGUUAUCAGACAAAAUUCAAGGCUGUCAGUGAGGAGUGUGGGAGCGUAAGGGAGCAGCUUGAGGAGCAGAAGCGACAGCAGCGUGCUGCAGAGGAAGAGAUUGCAGAGUUACAGGCUGCAAACACAAGUUUGUCUAGAAAGCUGGAUGAAGCAAGAGAGCAGCUCUCUGAAUCAGAAUCUGCUCGGCUGCAGAAAGAGGAGGAGGUGACAGCUCUGAGAGACCUCUUGGAAAGGAUCCAGAAAGAAGCUGAUGAAGCAAAAGAGAAGGCACUGGAUUACAGUGAGAAACUCACCAAGGUGGCAGCAGAUAAAGACAGCAGUGACCAGAAGCUAUUUGCUGAGCUGGAUGACCUGACAAGAACAAAGCAAUUCCUUGAAGAACGUUUGAUAGAACUUAUCAGAGAUAAGGAUGCUUUGUGGCAAAAAUCAGAUGCUCUGGAGUUCCAGCAGAAGCUGAGUGCAGAGCAGAGGUGGCAGGGGGACACAGAGGUCAAUCACUGCCUGGACUGCCAGAGGGAGUUCUCAUGGAUGGUGCGGCGGCACCACUGCAGAAUGUGUGGUCGCAUUUUCUGUUACUACUGCUGCAACAACUACAUGGUGACAAAGCCUGGUGGGAAAAAGGAGCGUUGCUGCAGAGCUUGCUUUAGUAAGCCAAGAGUCAUUGUGGACACUGCAGAUGACUCUGGAUCCAGUGCCAACCAGGAAGGAUCCCCGGCUUCACUGGAAUCCCCUGUGUCACCAUCUGAGAGGGCUCUUGGUUAUGAAGCCUCCAAACUACCAGAUGAUGCAGCAUUUGAUAUAAUCACUGAUGAGGAGCUGUGCCAAGUACAGGAAUCAGACUCACUCCACAAUGAAAGUCAGAUGGAGAGAGACUCUCUGGAUCAGAGCGUGACAGAUCUAAACAGCACGUGUAAUUCUUCAACCUUUGAUGAAUCAGAAGAGUGGCAAGUUGCUCAAGAUGCUGAGAUCUGCUUGUUGAAGUCGGGAGAAAUCAUGACCAAACUACCCCUUACAGUGGAGGAGAUCUUAAAUUUUGGGGAAAGUAACAGAGAGCUGUUCAUUAAAUCCAGCACCUACAGCAUCAUUCCCAUCACUGUUGCAGAGAUGGGGCUGACAAUCAGCUGGAUCUUUUCAUCAGACCCUAAGAGCAUAUCCUUCAGUGUUGUCUACCAAGAGGCGGAGGACACGCCACUGGAUCAGUGCAAAGUUCUUAUUCCUAUGACUCGCUGCAACUCUCAUAAGGAAACUAUAAGAGGGCAGGUGAAAGUCAGAAACUCUGGAAUCUACACACUGAUAUUUGACAACACAUUCUCCAGGUUUAUCUCCAAACGAGUGUUCUAUCACUUGGCCAUCGAGCGACCUGUCAUCUAUGAUGGAAGUGAUUGCCCUUAGCCUUGGGCACACUGGGUUAUUUUAAAUUCUAUUAUAAGAAAUGCUGUUAUUUAUGUACCUGUAAGCAUUAUGAUUACCACUGUGUUGGAAGACUUUGAAACUAUGCAAUAGUUAUAAUGCGCUUAGAGAAGAUGUAGACACUAAAAACCAGAAGCCUUUUUAGGAACACUAAUGGCUCUGUACCAUGUACAGAGUGCUCUGAAGCCAUGGUGUAUGACUGAACAGGUCAAGUCAUGUUCCAACCACUUUUCUUUCCAGUGGGGAGAAAGGAAGGUGAGGGGGCAUCUAAAUGCAAACUGAAGCUCUCUACUGAAGAUUGAAUUACUUUUCUUCAAAAAAUAUCCUUCAAAAGGAAAUGUAAAGAAAAGUGUGUGUUUUGUUGGCCUCUUCUCUGAGGAAUAAGCUUAGGUGUUUCUGUUCUGCACCAGAGUUCUUGGUCAAAACAAACUAUGCAAUACUUCAGCCUUCACAGACAUCUGUUAUUAACCCAGCCAGAAUUUUGUAGCUUUUCCAGCCUUCAAAAACAGCCAGCAUAGGGUUUUUACACUUUGGGCUAAGGUUUGGUAAGUCUCAACUGGCUUUUACAAAUGUUUUAGUACUGAAUAUCAGUUACAAACCAGUUACAAACAGUCCUUCUCUGGAGACUUUCAAAGCCAACCUGAAUGUGUUCCUGUGUGACCUGCCCUAGGUGAUCCUGCUUUGGCAGGGGGGUGGGACCUGAUGAUCUCUAGAGGUCCCUUCCAACGCCCUGGCAUUCUGUGAUUCUGUGAACAACAGGAAUCAGCAGCUCCCUUCACUGUUGCUUGCUGUCCUCUGUAAGAUGGCCCAGAGAAAGCAGCUCUUACAGUGGAAGUACUGCUCACUGUGGGUGACCUUAGGAAGAAGAGCACUCCUUUUUCCUGCUCCAGCACCUUACUCAUCAGCACUCACAGGGAAGCACAGCUUCCAAUGAGGUCAGCACACUCUCUCUCUCACAUGAAAGACAGCAAUAAUAUCUGAACUGAGUUUGUGUAUUCUGUGUCCUCUGUGUCUUCUUAACCCUUGCAGCCAACUGCUAAGCUUCCAUCUCAGAUUUGGUGACAGAGCUGGCCAUGAACACUGCCUUUUGGGGAAGACUGGGUUCUCGUUUGUACUCAAUUUCAGUGCUUUCCAUAUAGAAUUUCAACUUCUUGUCAAAAUACCUGAAAGCUGAUUUUUCUCUUAGCAAUUCCUAUCUUUUGAUGGAAAAGCAAAACAUUUUGGCAGAAGAAAAAGGCUGUUUCUUCUAGCAGCUCUCAUCAUCAUUUUAGCCAUGUCUGAGUUCUGAUGUCAUUGCUCUCCAAAGGAAACCUCAGAGCUGAAAGGUUUUAGUGCAGCAGUUGGUAGCAGAUCACCUACAGGAACCAUUGAUUGUUGGUGGCAGCUGUAGCUGGUAUACAGGGGUCAUGGUGAGAGACAGAAAAUAAAACAUGAGGGGAAGGAAGAAAAAAGGGCAGUCACAAGCUGAAUAAAAUUAUUUAGGGGAGGGGAAAGUGGCAAACUUGGAAAUGUGUGACCAAGAGCAGGGAUUUGGAGGGAUCUGCUGGCCUAGGGAAGGAAGUCAGUAGAGUCCAGCCUGUGUUUGUGUCACUGAUCUGAUCCUUUAUCCAUAAGGGAUCUCCUACAGCAAAAGGCUGUUUAAAAGGUGGAGAUCACAAGCAAGUGAUGGGACAUUUCCAUACUAGCAGCUGAGGUAGAGAGAAAUUGUGAUCACAGGAAAACAGAGCAUGCUGCAGGUAAAGCUAGAGGUUGCUGAUCAUUCAUUCCAUUUCCUAGCAAUGUAUAAAUGCAGUGAGCUUGGGUAACUGGCUUAUCAACAGCUUCCCCUUCCCUUUGGAUGCCUCUCCCCACUCUUGGUGCACUCCCCAGCCUCUGCUGGGCAGAGGGGUCAGCAGAAGGUACAAGCUGAGUACACCUCUUCUGAGCUAAAGUCUUACCUGGCUGUGUGCAGAGAAGUGCAAUAGACAAGAGGCUGAAGGUACAGGCACUAAAUGGUUCAUGGGUUAUGGCAUGUGUCAGUGCUGAAGCUGGUUUGUAUUGCAGUAGGCAUGAAAAUAUUAUUUAUUGCUUCAGAUAGAGUCCUGGGGACCUUGUGCUGUGCAAUUAAUUUCACUGAGCUCUUGCUGAAGGCUACUGCAGUUUUCCUUAAGCUUUUAGCUGUGGUUUCUCAAGGCAGUGUGCUGUUGUUUGAGUUAGAAUACUAAUCUUGACAGGAUAUCUUUCUUAAAAUGCCAGAUGUGAGGGAAAGGGACACUGUCAACUGUCUUAGGCCAAAAUAUGACAACUCCGUUCAGAAGUAUUUGAAAUCUCUCCAUUCAGACUUAUUUGACAGACUUGCCUCUGGGUUCCUCUCUGCAUUCCAGGUCUUAGCAUUUUUUCAUCCUGUGGCAAAUGCUUUGAAGCCACUGUUAGUGUAACUCCUGAAGUACUUGGUUCGAUAUUUCCAUGCCAGUCUUUCAUGGCUGAAGCAGGUGUUUGGGAGGAGGGCGAUAAAAGCACUGGGUUGUUUUUAUUUAGCAUUUGAGUCUUUAUAGUACCUUUUCUUCAGAUUUUCCUGCCCUAUAAGAGUGGUUUUAUGGCUGUUUUGCCAUAAACCUGUAGAAGAGAAAGAUGAGUAUUGACAAAGGAGAAAAAGCAAAUGAGGGAAUACUCAGGUUGCUAAAGUACAACAGUUGGACAGGAGCAUAACUGUUCAAGUGUUCAAGAACAGGAAUCCCAUGGGGAAGAGGGAGUCUCUUACACCUCAUUACCAACCUUUUGCUUAACUGAUAGUUUAUUACUGGGGCCACAGAAACCCAUUGAAGGACUUAGCACAAAUGGAGGUGCGUGUAAGAGAUUCUUUCAGUUGAGCACCUUACAUCUCUGUUCACAAAGGCCUUGUGCCAAGGGCACUGAUCACUCUGUUUGCUUACAGGUACUCAGGUAAUUUUUUGGACUGGGGUUUUUAUUACCUGCAGCAAUCUAAUUAAGAGAAAAUUAAUAUUUCAAAUUAGCCAUGAAAUUAAUUUCAGGGGAUGUCACACUCACGGCACAACAGAGUGUACGAUGGUGGUUUUUCUGGCUGCUGGAACAAUGGAGGGCAAGAUUUUCUGUUAGGCAGAGGUUUAUGUGAAGGAGUGAACACAGCUGCUUUAAGAAAAUGACAGUGUUCCUCUACUCAGUGUUGCUUUAUGAAAGAUCUUUGAGAUAUAUUGCACAAGGGUGUACCACGUUACAAAACAGCUGCAAAAGCCUGACUUUGCUCCUUCUUUAAAAUGGCAAUUGCACUAUUGUUUUAAUUAUGCUCAACCACUUGUUCAAAGCAUCUUUUGGUCCUAACUGCCAAAGAAUUACAAACUCCCUUCACAUCAAAUUUUAUGCUCCAGAUAGAGGAAGAAGAGGUUUUCUGUGUCCCAGCAUCUGUACAGUUGCAGAGAUACAGAUGGUUGUAUACUGGAAUGUUUCUUCAUGCUUUUUUUUUUCCUUUUUCCCCUUUUUUUAACCUCAGGAAUUAAAAAAAAUAA